AUGUUUCAACCCGGGUUUGGCGGCGGCUUCGAUCCGGGCAAUCCGGAACAUCUUUACAACCUGGCGCGCGGCCGCAGACCUGUGAUGCAGCGAUUCGAUGAAUACUACAGAUGCUACCCCGUCGUCAUGGCCCCUGGUGCAGAGCGGCCGGAGCUAAAUUACGGUUCGAAAAUCAUCCUGCCGCCAUCAGCCCUAGACAAGGUCUCGAAACUGCAUGUGCAGUGGCCGCUGCUGAUGGAAAUGAUCAACGGAGAGAAGGGACGGCUUUCUCACGCCGGUGUGUUGGAGUUUAUCGCAGAGGAGGGACGAGCAUACAUUCCCCAGUGGAUGAUGGAGACGCUGGGCAUGGACGUGGGAGACAUGAUUCAGAUCCGAACCACAUCACUGGAACUGGCAAAAAUGGUCAAGCUGCAGCCCCAGUCAGUCAACUUUUUAGAAAUUAGUGAUCCAAAGGCUGUGCUGGAGAGGGCGUUCAGGAACUUUGCCACCCUGACCAAGGGCGAUGUGUUCAACUUUGAAUACAACGACGAGAUAUACGAGGUGGCCGUGUUGGAUGUGAAGCCGGAAACAGACAAGAUGGGCGUCAGCAUGAUCGAGACUGACGUGUCGGUCGAGUUCGCUCCGCCCGUCGGCUACGUCGAGCCAGAGAGGAGGAGCGGCACCAACACCCCGGGCAGCACCCGAGGCGGCCUUGCCACAGGAGGACUUGUGCAAAGCCAGGGCACCAUGGCCCAGGCCAUCGGCUUCGGCUCCAUCGCGCCGUCGGUCACGAGAAAUGCCACCAACUUUGUGGGCGAGGGCCAGCGCCUCACGAAGAAGGGCAGCAAGGCGUCGACGCCAAAGCCAGCCACGCCCGUCCCGGCGGAACCAACAGCGCCGCGGAGCCGAACCGGAGCGCCGGCACCGCUGCGCCUGGCCCCAAACAAACUCUUCUUUGGGUACGAAUAUAAGCCGGUGAAGACGACGCAGGAAAAGGAACAGGAGGAGGAGGACGCCAAACGACCGCACUUUGCUGGCCAGGGACAAAGUCUCCGGGGAACCGUCAAGAGAAAGGGCGAGGCAGACGACAAGGGCAAAGCGGCCGACAAGAAAGCCCCUAACGAAGGGUACAGACUGGACGGUCGUCGUCCGAAGUGA